UGCUUUAAAAGUCAGUGAUUCAUGUGUUCUUUAUUCAUGUAUCCUCCAGAAUAUCUUGUUCAUCCUGUUCCUGUACUUGCAGUCUAUGGUCUAACAGAUGACGCGGUUGUGGCAGGAGACACAUCAAAACUGAGUCUUGUGAGUACAUUAGUGUCUGUCUUGACAAACAAGACAGAGUAUACAUUGUAUGAAGCAUCUCGGUAUUUGACAUAUCCUCAAACAUCACCUCCUUUUCGAGUCAUGACAGUGUCCAAGGAAUAUACAUUGCCUCAGAAACAAACAUCUUUACCUAAUGUACCACCCCCUCAUUCUCCACUUUCACCUCUCUCGACUGAUUCACCACUAUAUCCAGAUGGCAUCAUGACGCCUCUUUGGAUCAAGAAGCAUACGUAUCUACCCAGUGUAGUUGUGGGUUGCUAUGAACUGUAUGUCGAUAGUCGUUCAUUACGUGAGACAGGACCAUUGGCCUCUCAAGUCUUGAUAGAUCCACUUGAGCGCGAACACGAUGCUCAAUUAGCCACUGAAAUCAACACACGACGUAAAUACUUUCAAGAUAAGGGUAUCAAGUUUGCUGCUGUGAUCAUGUUGAAGCAGCGUUCUUUAGAUCCUUCAGUAGAAGAACGGUUAUCGUCUAUUCGAAAACAAUGUGGAUUAGAUGCCAAGAGCUCAUUUUUCACAGUGACACCAGGCACUUUGACUGAAAUACAAGAAUUUGUUAACAUGCUUUAUCGAGCAUUGUAUGAACCUGCUUUACAGUUCUAUAAUAACCGCCUUAAAAAGAUUCGUAAAAAGAAAUCCAAAUUACCUUCGCCUACACUGCCCAGACUUGAUGUGUCUUCAUCCGAACCAUUGUCUGUACCUGGAUGGAUGUUGCGAUAUGAAUUAAAAAUAGCUUUUUUUCAAGAGACAAGACAGGAUAUGGAAGGUGCUUUAAAAUCCUAUGAAGUAGCCUAUAGUAUGUUGUCCGAUAUGCUUGCACCUACUAUGGGACAUACAGGCCUGACAAUCCAUGGCAAACGAUGGAAAGAAGCACGUCAAUUAAUCGACUGCAUCAACAUCAAGCUCUGUCGACUUCAGUUAUAUAUGCACGAACCUACAGCAGCACUGAGUCAGUUGAAUGGCCACUUACACAUGUUCCAAUCGCAUUCCUCUAUAUGGGGUAUGGGUGAACAUACUUUUGAAUACUGGGCAUGGUUGUCAAAACAGUAUCGUAUCUUUGCGGAUGUGAUUGACACGGCUGUUCAUGCUGGAUACAAAAUACCUCUUCCUACUGCUUAUCUCUCUGCUUCUGCCACACCAACAAGUCCUUUAAACCAUGGCCAGUCAGGCUGUAACCCGGGUGCUAUUCUUCAACAUCCUGGAUUUUACUACCAUUUGGCAGCCAUGUGUUGUGCAGAACGUAGAAGACGAUAUCUGGAAAAAGAACGAGCUGAUCCAACCAACGCAGCAUUACAGACAGAGAAAGCAGUCGAUCAUUCGAGCUUGACGAUCGAAUUGCUCACCAAGAGUUAUGAACAGUUCAAGCGAUACCGUAAUAGUCGAAUGACACUUUACUUGGCUGCUGAAAUUGCAGGCACGUAUUAUGAAACAGGCAAGUUUGAAAUGGCCAUCAAGUUUUUUGAGCGUAUUGGCAAGACCUACCGUAAAGAGAAAUGGCAUAUGGUCUUGACAUCUAUUUUGCGUUGGUCAUUGCGGUGUGCUAAAGAACUGAGUUCUUGGUCAAGAGCGAUUGAAUGUCUAGUUGAAUUGAUGUCGGAUGACUUGCCAAUGGCAGAGAACAAGCGAAACGACAUUCAGAAAGAAUUGAUGGAUAUGUUGGGAUCAGACAAGACACAGGAAUAUACGCAUCUAGUGAUUCAAAUGGAUCAAAUCAAUGCUUUUGUGGCAUGUCAAGUACAGAUCAAACAACAGACCAACUUUGUAGGGACACCUAUUGAGUAUCAAGUGGUACUCAAAACAGAUAAGACGUCUCCUCCUGCUCCUUUUCGUUUUCAGGCAGUCAGGGUUGUGUUCAAUGAUCCUGAAUAUAAUCUGAUCAUUCAAGAUAUGGGUAUUGAAGAAGGAUUGCCCAAGUCUGUUGAGUUGAACGAUGUCACAAAGACCACUAAAAUGACCGAGGAAGGUGAAUACAAGGGUUGGUCUACAACCAAAGCAGAUCUUAGAGUCUAUCAAGGCCAAAUCAAAGCAUUUCAAGGCAGUUUGAUACCUCAAGCAUGUGGUGAAUUAAAGAUAGUCCAUAUCUGCCUGGACAUGAUAUCGCCUCAAUGGCAUAUCGAACUGGAUUAUCCACUCGAUAAACUGAAUGAAGAACAACCCUCGUAUAGAAGAAAAUGGCUGGAGGGUCUCUCGAAUGAGAAACCCAGCUAUAAAAUCUUGACAGGUCGAGGCUGUUUAUCCACAGUGAUGGUGAUGCAGAAACCACCAAGUAUUGAUCUCAAGUUUGAACAUGCUGCACCUGCUCUUUUAGAUGAAUUGUUCAAGUUAAAUGUAACCAUCACAAGUUCAGAAGAAGAACCUAUUCAGGCGAUAUUGAUAGCCGACAUAAAAAACUCAGAAGGACCAGUAGCACAAGACUACGUGACAUUUACGAUGCAAGACUCAGAAGAGCGAGAGACAACCAUAGGUCUUAUUGAACCCCAUACGUCUGUUUCCAAGACUGUCUAUCUUCAUGGCAGUCAAGUGACGGGUGCACGCUUGAUUCAUAUGACAGUGAAAUAUACCAUGGCAGGUAGAGAGAAUAAUUCACAGAUGGUAGAGAAAUCAGAGUCUUUACGUAUUCCAUUUAUUGCGCCUUUUGAUGCUAAUUUUGAAUUGUGUGCACAAAACAACAUGCCUCAAGAAGCGAUAUCACCCAACAUGUCAAGUACAGAACGAUGGUUACUUGUGGCUUCCAUUCGUUGUUUCUCUACUUGGGAUUUAGAUAUUAAACAAGUACAACUUGAAAAAGACAAAUCCUUUUCUGAUCCUUAUACCUCACUUGAAUUGAUUUCUCGAAUGGAAGAUUUUGACAAUCAAACCUGGAAAACGGGGCAUGUAUACAAUGCGAAUUAUUUAUUUCAAUCAAGCACAUUGGAUAUCACGGAACAAUCAUUUUCUAUUCCAACAGGCAAAAUAAUGAUUGAAUGGAAAAGAUCUGAAGACCAACAAUCCAACUAUUACAAGACAUGGGUUCAAUUACCUAAUCUUCCUGUUCAACAACACAACUUGACAGUCAUGGCUGACAUACCAUCUGAAAUUUAUUUAGGAGAACCAUUCACACUGACCUAUAUGAUCCAUAACCCUACUUUGCAACUAGCAGAUUACACAGCCUCCAUGGAGCUCAGUGAAGCCUUUGUGUUUUCAGGUUAUAAGCAGUGUAAAGGUCGUGUCUUACCACUCUCCAAGACCAGUUAUCAUUACACAUGUUACCCUCUUUUGGCUGGUAAAGUCAAGAUACCUCGACUUAAAGUUAUGGCUUCUCAACAACAGAUGGGAGAGAGAGAAAUACCAGUUCAAAUUGCAGGCACAGGUGUUUCAUUUUCAUUUGAUAAUGAAUUGGAACAAAAACAAACUGAACUUUGUUUAGACAUGCCUCUCUUGACCUUUGUCAAUGCCAAACGUCGCUUUGUAUAGAAAAUAAAAAUUGAACUCGGGCAAAUUAUCUUGUUGAACAAUAGAUUAGUAAAAUUUAAAAUGUGUG